UUAUCGGUCGUCUGUCACAGUAUCACCACCAACUUAUGUAUAUUUUCGUUUUUGGCGGUUACUGCAAGGACUAGUCUCAGAGAGAGAGAGAGAGAGCUCUGCAAUGGCGGAGAGUGAGAAGAAGAGCUCAUAUGGAGGAGAGAUUGUAUACGUGGACCCGAAGCCGAGGAAGGGAAUCGCUUCGCGAUUUGUCGACUUGGUGGAGAAGUUGAUCGUGAAGUUAAUGUACGACGCUUCGAAGCCUUACCACUACUUAUCCGGGAAUUUUUCUCCGGUUGAUGAGACUCCGCCUUGCAAGAAUCUGCCUGUUAAAGGAUAUCUUCCGGAGUGCUUAAAUGGGGAGUUUGUGAGGGUUGGUCCCAAUCCAAAGUUUUCUCCAGUGGCUGGAUAUCAUUGGUUUGAUGGAGAUGGAAUGAUUCAUGGUAUGCGUAUCAAAGAUGGAAAAGCAACCUAUGUUUCCCGUUAUGUGAGGACUUCACGUCUGAAACAGGAAGAGUUCUUUGGAGGAGCAAAGUUUAUGAAGAUUGGAGACCUCAAGGGACUGUUUGGUUUACUUAUGGUUAAUAUCCAACUUCUUCGAAAUAAACUGAAAGUAUUGGAUGUUUCUUAUGGAAAUGGCACAGCUAAUACUGCUCUCAUAUAUCACCAUGGUAAACUUUUGGCUCUUUCAGAGGCAGAUAAACCUUACGCCAUUAAAGUUUUGGAGGAUGGAGAUUUGCAAACCCUUGGAAUGUUGGACUAUGACAAGCGAUUGGCACACUCAUUCACUGCUCAUCCAAAGGUUGAUCCAUUUACUGGAGAGAUGUAUACCUUUGGUUAUUCACACGAUCCACCAUAUGUCACUUACCGAGUCAUUUCGAAGGAUGGUUUCAUGCAUGAUCCAGUACCAAUAACAAUAUCAGAUCCUGUCAUGAUGCAUGACUUUGCCAUCACAGAGAACUACGCAAUUUUCAUGGAUCUGCCAUUGUACUUCCGUCCAAAGGAAAUGGUGAAAGGAAACAAAUUAAUUUUCUCAUUUGAUGAUACAAAGAAAGCCCGCUUUGGUAUACUUCCACGGUAUGCAAAAGAUGAGCUUCUAAUUAAGUGGUUUGAGCUUCCAAAUUGCUUUAUAUUUCAUAAUGCUAAUGCUUGGGAGGAGGAGGAUGAAAUUGUUUUGAUAACUUGCCGCCUCGAAAAUCCAGAUCUAGACAUGGUCAGUGGAACUGUAAAAGAAAAGCUUGAAAAUUUCAAUAAUGAGCUGUAUGAGAUGAGAUUCAAUAUGAAAACUGGUCUUGCCUCGCAAAGGAAACUGUCAGCAUCUGCUGUAGAUUUUCCUCGAAUAAACGAGAAUUAUACUGGCAGGAAGCAACGGUUUGUUUAUGGAACCAUACUGGAUAGCAUUGCAAAGGUGACAGGGAUCGUGAAGUUUGACCUCCAUGCUCAACCUGAGAAAGAUAGGACAAAGCUUGAAGUUGGAGGAAAUGUUCAGGGCAUAUUUGACUUGGGGCCUGGAAGAUUUGGUUCAGAGGCAAUUUUUGUUCCUCGUGAGCCUGGUAUUUCUUCUGAAGAAGAUGAUGGUUACUUGAUAUUCUUUGUGCAUGAUGAAAAUACUGGAAAAUCAGCAGUCAAUGUAAUAGAUGCAAAAACAAUGUCAGCUGAUCCUGUUGCAGUCGUUGAGCUACCUCAUAGGGUUCCAUAUGGCUUCCAUGCAUUUUUUGUGACAGAGGAGCAAAUUCAGGAGCAAGCAAAGCGCUGAUCAUAAAAAAAAAGUUCAAAUGGUAGAAAGUUGAUGUAGUGAAAGGCUUUCGCAGUCUUAUUUUUUUAUGUCCAAAUGUUGCUAUUACCACUUCAAGGUACUCUACCACUGUUGUAUCUAUCUUCUGUCUGUAAGAAUAAACUUCUCUGUGAAAGACACCCAUAGACUCACAAGACAUAGCAUGUGAUUCUAGGUUUCAUGACUUUUUAAUAAAAAUUGCCUUAUAUUUCAUAUUUCUAGAACUAA